AUGCCGGCUUCGAUAAGCAUGGAUGAGAAUCUAGGAUUCCAGUCUGGACUUUCCAGACCAGGGCUGAAUCCCCCAUCAGUUCAGUUUGAGAACGGAUUUUGUGAAGCUAGCUCAGAACUCAUCCGAGGCGGAUUCGGUGCAUAUGGAAAGAGAAUUUGUGGGUCAAGUUCUCAGUAUGUGCAAAGCAAUAUAAGCAAGUACUUCUCAGAUCCUCAAUACUACUUCCAAGUGAACGCUCACUAUGUCAGGAACAAACUGAAGAUAAUUUUGUUUCCAUUUCUGCACAGAGGGCAUUGGACGAGGAUAACGGAGCCAGUUGGAGGCAGGCUUUCUUAUAACCCUCCAAUCACUGACAUACAUGCUCCAGAUUUAUACAUUCCAUUCAUGACAUUUGCAACAUACUUGGUUCUUGCUGGCAUCUCACUAGGCCUCUCUGGGAAAUUUAGCCCGGAAGCCAUAAAUUGGCAGUUUGUGAAGGGGAUGGUAGGCUGGUUGCUUCAAGUGAUGCUGCUCAAGGCAUCGUUGUCUUCGCUCGGGGGCGGAGAGGCACCUUUGCUGGACAUGAUAGCAUAUACUGGUUACACUUUCACAGGGCUGUGUGUGGCUGUUCUAGGGCGAAUCACAUUGAGCUAUGCAUACUACUUGAUAAUCAUAUGGACAUCCAUGUGCUCAGGCAUCUUCCUGGCAAAGACAAUCAAGAUAACUUUGUAUGCGGAGCUCAAUAGUUAUGAUGCAAACAUGCAUCACUAUCUCUUGCUUGGUAUCGCAUUUUCACAGUUCCCGUUGAUUAUCUGGCUCAGCAACCCUACCGGCAAUUGGCUUUCCUGAAUCUGCUGUUUCGAUGCAAAUAUGCCCCGUUGCUCAGAUCUUUUGUGGUAGCAGCAUACUGUCCCACUUGAAUGAACAUUUUAUUGUGCAUGGCUAGGACUUGAAUUCUUUUAAACCUGUUUGCAGGAGUUUAAAUGUA